AUGGUCAAGAACAUCGUCAUUCUCGGUGGCAACUCCCACCCCCAGCUGGUUGAUAAUGUGUGCAACAUUCUGGGUAUCCCAGCCUGCAACCGCAUCCUCUCCAAGUUCGAGGUCGGCGAGAGCCGCUGUGAGAUCAAGGACUCCGUUCGCGGCAAGGAUGUGUACAUCAUCCAGACCGGCAGCGGCUCGGUCAACGACAACUUUGUCGACCUGUGCAUCAUGAUCUCGGCCUGCAAGACGGGGUCUGCCAGACGGGUCACGGCCGUCAUGCCACUCUUCCCCUACUCGCGCCAACCUGACCUUCCAUACAACAAGAACGGCGCCCCACUCUCCAAGGCCCCGACCUCAAUAUCGGGCACGCCGAGCAAAAAGGACGAAUAUACUUUUGAGAGCGUGCCUGCCACUCCAGCCCUGGACCGCCCUAGGUCGGCCGCUUUCACAACCUCGGCUGAUCUGUCCAAGGCCCUCAGCAAAACUGCCAUUUCCAAUGGAUCGGCCGCGCGGGCUAACGGAUCCGCGAACGGCAACUCGGAUUACUUCCGGCCGGGCACCUCUCACGGCGCAGCCGCCGCCGCCGGUCCCACAUCAGCUGGCGGGCGCUCCACACCCACCCACGGCAAGCACGAGUCUGUCUCGUCACAAGCACCACCUUUUACGACACACGACUAUGCCAACCACAACCUCAUCAACAGCUUCCAGGCCAAGCCAGGAUACAAGCAGUGGGUGGCACAGGCUGGCAUUCUCAUUGCCGAUCUACUUACGUGUGCUGGCGCCGACCAUGUCAUCACCAUGGAUCUCCACGACCCGCAGUACCAGGGCUUCUUCGACGUUCCUGUCGACAACCUGUACGGCAAGCCGUUGCUGCAGCGGUAUAUACAGCAGGGCAUACCGGACUACAAGGAUGCUGUCAUUGUCAGUCCCGAUGCGGGUGGCGCGAAGCGCGCGACGGCCAUUGCAGACAGCCUUGGCAUGGACUUUGCUCUUAUUCACAAGGAACGUCGGCCUACGAAGAUUACCGAUCGCCAGAAUGCCACAAUGAUGCUAGUAGGCAACGUCACAGGCCGUGUGUGCAUCCUCGUUGACGAUCUUGCAGACACGGCAAACACGAUCACGCGUGCUGCAAAGCUACUCAAGAAGGAAGGCGCGACGUUCUGUUACGCGCUUCUGACGCACGGCGUCCUCAGUGGCGACGCGAUUCCGCGCAUCAAUGCGUCCGCCCUCGACAAGAUCAUUGUUACCAACUCGGUGCCCCAGGACGAACACCGGGCCCUAUGCAACAAACUCGAAGUGCUCGACAUCUCGCCAGUGUUUGCGGAAGCCAUCCGCCGCGUUCACCACGGUGAAUCCAUCUCCGUCCUCUUCCAGUACGACUGA